UGGCAACGUAAAAUGGCUGCCCUAUAGCCUCAUCCGCAAGGGUUCUAUUGGUAGUCCAUGCAUCCAUUCAAAUGCAUCUCUGAGAUGCCGUUGCGCGCACUUAGGCGCUCCAACUGUGGACACGGAGUGAUGGCUUCGGAGAUUAAUGGGAACGGAAUGAACUGCCUCUUUGAAUCCACACUCUCAGCGGGCGUUCGAGUUUCCAAACGCGCCCAAUAUACGUGACGUCCAUGGAAGGAGGAGGCGGAGGAGAUUACAAGGAUGACAACAACAACAGUCACUGUGGCACUUCUGUUUGUGGACACGCACGGGUUGUUAUUUCCAGAAAAUAUCUCAGCGUGUCUCCUAUGGUGAUAUGUUUUCCCGAACAAGUUGUGCAGGUUGGACACCCUCCCUAAACAGUGAAACACAUUCCAGCGGGGGAAACGAUCGUUUUGUUUUAGUAUUCAAGAACGACAUGACCGCGACACCUAAACACGAGUGAUAAUCCGUCAAAAGGAAUAUUUCCGAUUUCCUCACUCACCCGGCCGGCGCGGGAGGACAGGUGCAGUGAGUGACCAGCACAAUCCAGAAGAACAGCCAUGCAAAAUUCAUCCCCUGAAGUCGUGGUAGAUUACCCUCAAGGAUUUGUGGUGGCUAAAGAUGCCACUCCAGAGACAACACUGGGCAGUGCCUACUCUCCGGUGGACUACAUGAGCAUCACAAGCUUCCCGAGGUUGCCAGAGGAUGAAGUUAUCCAGGGGGACAAUGCCUUAAAAUCUCGUAAAGACGAUGAUGUCUUAGCCGAGCAAGAGACAGACCCCGAUGUGUUCUUGAGUUCUGCUCGUCUCCAGCGUCUCCCUUCCUCGGCAUCUGACCUGGCUUAUUACGAUGACGUGUCCUUGAGGGAGACCACUAGCAAUCCUUUUUCGGAAGAUUGUGCUUGCCAGAGGGAUGGUCUGAACGUCAUCAUCACAGCCUGUCUCACAUUUGCCACAGGGGUCACCGUUGCUCUCAUCAUGCAGAUCUACUUUGGAGACCCCCAGGUCUUUCACCAAGGAGCGGUGGUGACAGAUGUGGCUCGGUGCACAUCCCUCGGGUUUGAGGUUUUGGGGAAGCAGGGGUCCAGUGUUGAUGCUGCCAUCACCGCUGCCCUCUGUUUGGGCAUUGUACACCCCCACACCUCUGGUUUAGGAGGGGGGGGAGUUAUGUUGGUGCAUGACAUCCGUAAAAAUGAGACAAGAGUCAUUGACUUCCGAGAAACAGCGCCGGCUGCCAUUCGGGAAGAGUUACUCCAAACGAACCUUGAUCUCAACCCCGGUCUACUUGUUGGAGUACCAGGCAUGCUAAGUGGAAUGCAUCAGGCACACCAACUUUAUGGCAAAAUACCGUGGAAGGACGUGGUUUCUUUGGCAGCAGAUGUGGCAAGAAACGGAUUUAAUGUCACUCAUGAAUUGGCUGAAGCUCUUGCUAACGUUAAGGACCAGAACAUAUCGGAUGCAUUUCGGGAUCUGUUCCUACCUAAUGGCCAGGCUCCGCUUUCUGGAUUGUUGAGCAGACGACUGGAUUUGGCCAGCGUCUUGGAUGCAAUCGCAGUUAAAGGGAUAGCAGAGUUCUACAGUGGAAACCUGACGCAGGAAAUUGUUUCUGCGGUGCAAGCAAGUGGUGGUGUGCUCAUAGAAGAUGACUUUGGGAACUACAGCACAGUCCUACAGCAGCCAGAACACAUUAGCUAUCAAGGACACGAUGUGAUGGUGGCUCCGGCACCUCAUGCGGGUAUUGGCCUGAUCGCAGCUCUCAACAUCCUGGAAGGUUACAACAUUACCAACCAGGUGCCCAGGAACCACACCUAUCACUGGACUGCAGAGUCGGUGAAAAUAGCUUUGGCCAUGGCAAGUGGCCUAGGGGACCCCAUGUUUGACACUUCAGUCUCAGAUAUAGUCACGAGGAUGUUGAGCAAAGAACAGGCGUCCUUUCUCCGCCAAAUGAUCAGUGACUUUCAGACCUUUCCAGCCAGCCAUUACACGCCUUCGUUUAGUUUGGAAGAUGGCGUUGCAGCUGCCCAGGUCAUGAUCAUGGGCCCAGAUGACCACAUAGUCUCAGUUGUAAGUUCCUUAAAUAAACCAUUUGGCAGUCGGAUAGUGACUCCUUCAGGAAUCCUUUUGAACAGCCAAAUCAUGGCCUUCUCUUGGCCUAAUAAAACCCAAAGCUCGUCACCGAACCCUCAUAACAGCGUCCUGCCUGGAAAGCGACCAUUGUCCUUCCUGAUGCCCACUGUGGUGAGGCCGUCCAACAGGAUGUGCGGUACAUACAUUGCAGUUGGAUCCUCCAAUGGAGCAAAAGCUCUUAGUGGCAUCACACAGGUGCUGCUGAAUGUUUUGUCAUCACGUAAAAAUAUGACUGACAGUUUAUCUUAUGGUAGACUCCACCCAGAGCUGGCUACAGACACUCUACUCGUGGACUCUGAAUUUCUGGAUGAAGACAUUGAGCUCCUGCAGGGUCAAGGACACAAGGUUGAGAGGAUAGAUGUUUUGUCAUUAGUAGAGGGUACUUGGAGAACUAAUGACCUUAUCACUGGCGUGACAGACCCCCGUAGUGCUGAUGCCUUAGCCCUUGAACACUCCUGGACUUAGCUGUUGUCCAAAAACACUCCUGAAGCUGCUUCUUAAUUUUGGACACUGAAUAAAUUGAAUCACAAUGGGCUGUUCCCGGUAAAACCAAAUUUAAACAAACUGCUUAUUUAUUUUGGACACUGAACAAAUCGAAGAACAAUGGACUGUUCUGGUAAAACCAAAUUACAUAAAUGUGGUUUGAAAAUACUUUACAGCUGUUGCUUGAACAUAUUUUAUGGUCCAAGAGACUAUUUUUGGCCUGCCUACCACAGUUGAAUAUUAUCUGUUCUUCCAUCCUAAAUGACAUUCCUGAGGUGUGCUAAGCAUACAUAGAAAAAUGUGUAUCUGUUCCGUUUCAAGUUAAUCUACAAUUAAUCUAUGAAAAUAAAUGUGAAAUUUACAGAUGUAAUGUUUUCCAGGCAGGCUUCUUUGAAACCGCAUGAGCAUCUGCAAACAAUACAAUAUUGCUGCUGUACGGACACGAACAAGUUCUGUAGGUGUUGAGAGUCGUUAAUCAAUGUAACUGCGGUAAAUCUGAUUCAGUAACAAGUCUGCCAAUGAUGCAGCAUUUUAAAUUGGGCAGUAGUACAGUAAUUUUGAUGCAGCAACAAUUGUGCAAAUGGUGCGAGAACUUCUCGAGCAAUUGUCCGGCGGCGUGAUACUACUAAUCAACAAGCCAAGCUCUUCAUCUGAAUUGUUGCACCAGAGACUGACCACAAUGAAAAAAAAGUACAGUGGUUGUUACUUUGCUGUGUAACUUUGAUUAGAAGCUUAGUUAGACGUUUGACCAACGAGUUACUAGAAAAAUGUUAUUCACAAUUGUUACUGUAUUUUGAUGUGUACAGGUGUUUUUUUGUUGUGUUUUUUCAAUGCAUGCAACCACAGAUUGUUUAUUUAUAUUUCAAAUGACUUUAGGUUGCGUACAUAAAGGUUAGAAUUGAUAGCAGUUGUCAAGUUCUUAAAGUGGUUUUAUUUUAGUGUACGCUGGUGGUUUAAUUUAAUCCUAAAUAGUGCAAUAUGGCUUUCAUGCUUGUUUGUUGUCUGUAGAGUGCCAUGCACACAUUUGCACAUGAUGGGAACGAUUUUAUGUGAUUGUUUUUCAUACAUCCAUCCUCAUAAUAAAAUGGAACUGAAGACUCUA